CACUUUUAAUUUUAUUAUUUUUUAUUUUUUAUUUAUAUUUAUUUUUUUCAUUAAUGUUUUAUUUUUUAAAUUAAAAUGAUAUUAUAUCCACUAUAUUACAGUGUUAUAACUGGAUUAAUUUAAUAAAUGAUGUAAAUUAUUGAAUAAAUUACAAUUAUUAUGUUGUUUAAGGUCAAUGGAGUCAACACCUUUGCCUAAACUUCGUAUAGUUCCUUCGUCGGACCCCGGUUUUGAUUCUAAUCACUUUUCAGUUCCUCCACCUUUAAACACUUCUGCAAAUCCUUACUCAUUUCCUUCCAACUCAAAUAUUCCACAAUAUUCUCCUGCAAAUUUCUCCAACCCGGCUAAUUUGUCGCAUUCUCGACCAUUUACAUCUGUAAAUCGUAGUAUCAGUAACGAUGAAGUAGUGUUAUUUGCAGUACAUCCUCAAACCAUUGUUAGGCCUUUAAGGCGUCGUGUUUAUCGUAGGAUUGGAGAAGUUUUGGAGGCCUUUUUAUCCAGUCUUGAGUCUAAGGGGUUUACUAGGGGUUCAGUUCUGGCCCGUUUAAAGGCAACUCCAUGGUUUCCUCGCCUAUUUGACUAUGAUGGCAUCGGUUGUUUGAUUAAAAUCUUUCAGAAUUAUGUCUGUCACUCCCACACACUUGUGGUUCCCCUUCUAUUUAAGGAGGUUUACGAGGUUUACGCCCCUGAGAUGGAUCGCACUUGUGCCAGUCAAGUUCUAAGAAUUGGAAUAAACCCUGACACUGAUAAUAGAAAGGCCUUGGUAAUGGGCGCAAUUGAUUUCACUGAGGAAACCAUGUCAAUUUACAGAAACCCUCUUGACCAGAACAUUUCAUUUAGUGUAUCAAGAGUUAACAAAUCAGUUGACAGAUUUAAUAGAUCGAAUGUAAGGAUAACGCCUGUUAAUGUAGAUAAAACACCAGCACAAUUUGAAAAUGCUACAAACAACACAAUAUCAGACAAUGAUAGUGGAACGAUAACGAAUAGGGAUUUUUUCAUCAAUGAGCAGAACUUGACGCUGUUUACGUCUUUCCUGCCCAGGUUGCGGGAAGUUCUGAGGGAGAGAACCUCGAAGUUACAGGAAUUGGAGAGGAGGUUAGAGUCUGAGGAGAGAGAGGGGCAGGAACGACAGCGACUUUUGCUCAAAAAUGCAUACAAACUAGUUCACCGGAGUGUAGAAGACGAGUUCAACACCUUUGAGAAGAAUUUGUCAGUUUUAGAGACCGUUUUUGAGACAAAAUAUUCAAAGUCAAAACUGGCCAAUUCCAUGGAAGAAUUAAACAAAAACAUGACCAUAUUAAAUACUUAUAUUAAUAAUUUUUUCACAUAAUUU